UCCGCCACGGAAACAUGCGACGUUAUAGGUUCACUUGUGCCUUCGCAGACACCUUCAGGGAGUUCACAUGUUAACGCGCGUCCACGAGGAGGAGGAGGAGGUCAUGUUUAGACGCAGACGAGUGGCAGAGCUUGGAGUUUGGAUGUGUGUUUCCUAGUCCCGAUGUAAGAAGACAUAAUUCAAGAAGCGGGAGGGAAAGCAGCCACAAACGGAGCGCCGCGAAUGUAGUCUUUAAAGCGGAAAAGCGAAACACUGUAGUACCAGUCAGUGUCUUCCUGCGGUCAUCCUCGUGUGUGUGUGUGUGUUUCUGUUACUCGCCGUGUGUGUGUGUCUGUGUGGCUAAAGUAAAGGGAGGAUGCAGGUGAAGAAGCACCGGGAUUCGGACCGGAGCAGCGGGGGGGACAUGCUGGAGGGAGACGGCGGCCUCCGCAAAAAGUCCUCCUGCUUCUCGAAUAUCAAGAUAUUCUUGAUAUCGGAAUGCGCCCUCAUGUUGGCACAGGGGACCGUCGGAGCAUACCUGGUGAGCGUGCUGACCACCCUGGAGCGGCGGUUCAACCUGCAGAGCGCCGACGUGGGAGUGAUAGCCAGCAGCUUCGAGAUCGGCAAUCUGGCCCUCAUCCUGUUCGUCAGCUACUUCGGGGCCAAAGCACACCGGCCGCGUCUGAUCGGCUGCGGUGGGAUCGUCAUGGCGCUCGGGGCUCUUCUCUCGGCGCUGCCCGAGUUUCUCACCAAGCAGUACGAGAUCGGGGAGACGUGGAGGACUGACGUGGGUCGGGAUAUUUGCUCGAACACCAGCAGCAAGGACGCUCAGUCGGGCGAGGAUGCUGUGUGCGCCAAAAAGGCCAACACUAACAUGAUGUACCUGUUGCUCAUCGGGGCGCAGGUCCUGCUGGGGAUCGGAGCCACGCCGGUGCAGCCCUUGGGUGUUUCCUACAUCGAUGAUCAUGUGAAGAAGAAAGACUCUUCUCUUUACAUAGGUAUCCUCUUUUCCACUCUGGUGUUUGGGCCUGCGUGUGGCUUCAUCCUUGGCUCCGUCUGCACAAAGUUCUAUGUGGAUGCCAUCUUCAUUGACACAAGUAAGCUGAACAUCACUCCAGACGACCCGCGUUGGAUCGGGGCCUGGUGGGCGGGCUUCCUCCUGUGUGGUGCCUUACUCUUUUGCUCCUCCAUCCUGAUGUUCGGCUUCCCUCAGUCGCUGCCGAACAAGGAGAGGGAGGAAGGGACUGAGAGCGAGCAGGUUAUGCUCCCUCCAUCUAUGAACUCAGAGUAUGAGACUCCUAAAUCCAGCAACGGGCUCGUAGGCAACCACGAGCCUGCCAACAGCCCCACCUGCUGUCAGCAACUCAGGGUGAUCCCCAAGGUGACCAAGCACCUCCUGUCCAACCCCGUGUUCACCUGCAUCAUCCUGGCCGCCUGUAUGGAGAUCGCCGUGGUCGCCGGUUUUGCAGCUUUUCUGGGGAAAUACCUCGAGCAGCAGUUCAACCUCACCACCACCUCAGCAAACCAGCUGCUAGGUAUGACGGCUAUUCCAUGUGCAUGUCUGGGGAUUUUCAUGGGCGGUCUGCUGGUGAAGAAGCUGAACCUGUCGGCACUCGGAGCCAUCCGCAUGGCCAUGCUGGUCAACCUGAUCUCCACUGCGUGCUAUGUCUCCUUCUUGUUCCUGGGCUGUGACACGGGUCCUGUUGCCGGGGUGACCGUCACAUACCCCAACAGGACUCUGCAGGUGGGCGAGAAACCAGAAGCCCAGUGCAUCAGUACCUGCAACUGCUUCACCUCCUCCAUCAGCCCGGUGUGCGGCUCAAACGGGGUCACUUACCUGUCCCCCUGCUUCGCCGGCUGCUCCCGAACAGUAAGCUCUCCGACCGCGUCGAAAAUGUCUCAGAAUCUGACAGGGUGUGCCUGUGUUUCCUCUGAGAGUGAAUCUGCCACAGCGGUGCCAGGGAAAUGUCCGACGCCGGGCUGCCAGGAGUCGUUCCUCAUCUUCCUGUGUGUGAUCUGUGCCUGUAGCCUGGUCGGAGCCAUGGCCCAGACUCCCUCCGUUAUCAUCCUGAUCAGGACUGUGAGCCCUGAACUGAAAUCCUACGCACUUGGAGUGUUGUUUCUGUUGCUGCGACUCCUGGGCUUCAUCCCGCCCCCUCUGAUCUUCGGCGCCGGCAUCGACUCCACCUGUCUCUUCUGGAGCUCGGACUGCGGCGACAAGGGCGCCUGUCUGCUCUACGACAACGUGGCCUACAGGCACCUGUACGUGAGCCUCGCCAUCAUCCUCAAGGGCGUGGCCUUCCUCCUCUACACCACCACGUGGUACUGCUUACACAGGAACUACAAGAAGUACAUCAAGAGCCACGAGGGUCACAUGACACGCACGGAGUUUUACCCGUCGCUCACGGACGGCCCCAAACAAGUGGACAGGACAAAGUUUAUAUACAACCUGGAGGACCACGAGUUCUGUGAAAAUAUGGAGUCAGUUUUGUAGUUCUUUACACAGAAGACGGACAAAGUGGACAUUAUUCUCUCUCAAGGGAAUAUUUGAUGAUGUCAUUGUUCUUCUCUUGAAAGGAAGAUUUAUAUAUCUAGCUAUAGAUAGAUAGAUAAAUAUAUAAAUCUAUCUAUAUAUAUAUAUAUGAAGGCAAUCUAUCUAUUUAACACUUUGUUCAGGUAAACUUUGAAAAGGGUCCAUUAAGUCGUUUACGUACCAGUGAGGUGUCGGCUGUUGAACUCCAGGA